AGAACAAAUUUUCUGCAAAAUGUGUGGAGCUGUCUUUAAACAUUUGGCUUCUCUAAGGUAUCAUUUGGCAAACAAUGUGUGUACUAAGCCAAAGAAAGAAGAACCUAAGCUACUAAAUUGUCAAGUAUGUGGAAAAAUUUUUAAAGGUGUUACUGCUAUGCAAUAUCAUAUCAGACGAAAAGUUUGCGAACAAGUCAAACAAAAUAUUGGCCCACCCUUUGCAUGUCAACUUUGUGGAACUUUAUUCAACUUGAAGCAAAGUUGGUAUGUUCACUUGCGUAGAGAAGCAUGUAAAAGAUUUCCAGAAAAAUAUGGAUUAAAUGAAAUUAAAAUGAUCCUUCCAAAAGUGCAGCUGGUUGAGGGAAACUCAAACUCGAAUUCUAGCGAUCAAUUAAAUAUUGAUACGACAAAUAAUAGUUCGGAUAGCUGUGGAGAUGGUGCGGAAAAAAAGCCUGAAAAUAAUGUUGCUGGUUGAUUUAAGCGUUAUUAGAAAAUUUUGAUAGAGUUUUUGUACGUCAAAGCGUUGAAGUCUGAUCGGUUUAUUGUUUUAAAAAAAAAAUUAAAUAUUACUUAUUUGGAGUUGAUCCUGGGAUCAAAAUUAUGGUCGAAUAUUCUCACCAAACGAUAGUGCAUGGACCUGUAUUUAUUUUUAUUUUUAAACUACGAUGAGUCCUUUUCACACCAAUCUGUUCAAUAACUAGGUAUAUCUAUUUUUGUAUAUCUAUUUUUGUAUAAGCUUAUUGUUGUUGUGAAGCCAAUUAUCAAUUUUGACCUCUUCUUUGAAAUCUUCUUCUAUACCAGACGAGUGACUAGUGGACUAUAGCUUUCCAGGUAGCACUGAUGAUGGUUGAGACUGAAAGCGCUUUGCUACACUAAUUAAGAGAAAAUAAUGAAAUACAAAUUAGCUUUCUUCAACCUAGCUAUCAUUAUACAUGCACACAGCCUACUUCCAAAUUUCUUCAAAUAAUCAACUUGCGACACUGCUUGCAAUAUUUGUUAAAUGCUACAUAUUUUUAUAGUUACAGCAACCACCUAAAUGUUAUUUAUAUCAGAUAUAAACAAAAAAGAUGAAUCGAAUACGUAUUGUAUUUAUUCCUCAACUGAUCAGUAGGUACAUAUUGGAAUAGCCAAAUCAAUGAAAGUAUUAUUUUUAUAGACAUUUUUAUUGUGCCUUAGUAGCUUAGAGAUAACGAACAAAUUAGUAAUAGUUUAGUGUUUAAGAGACUUUUUGUUUUUUAACUUUGAUUAAUUAUGUUUGUGUUUUUUUUAAAUAUUUAUGUUCAUCCAUUGUCUUGUGGACCAAAUUGUUAACGUUACUUAGAUAUAGAACCUGUUCUAGAAAUUUCGAAAUUAUAUUAAGCUUUUUUACUGUUUCUUUUUAUAUGUUCCUUAGAUUUUACUUGAGCUGAAGUAUCAAAUUAAAAGUUUAGUAACUGCCUUAACAUUAAUUAAAGUUACAAUAGAAUCGUGAGUAUUAUUAGGCGCGUAUGCAAAAAUACCAGAAUCAACAAUUUGAUUGGAAACUACCACGUUUUUUGGGGAGUUAGAAAUGAAAUUUUAUUUGUCUUUUGUCUGUUCAAAUGACUGUACACUUGGCCAAUCAUAAAACUGGUACGCAUUUUCCUAUUGUGUUGUAUUGUGUAAAUCGACCUUUUUUAUCACCUCAACAAUGACAAAAAUAGUCAAGUAGUGUCAUAUUUAAACCAAUCAUAACAUAAAAACAUUUUGCAUUUACUUUUGUUCAGCUUUGACUUUGACAAAAACUGUCUGACCUAGGUUUUCAGAAGAGACUUUUUGUUCUUAAGCCCGACUCAUACUUCCCAAAUUUGAAAAAUAUAAAUUACCUGUACCAGUUUUAUGUUUGGCC